AUGGCUCUCCGCUGCUUCGGUCGCCGCGCUGUGCGCCUCGCCUCUGCUGCUGCCGCUCGGCCGCUGGCUCCUGCCGCGGCUGCUGCGUGGGCGUCUCCGUCUCUGGGCGCGGCUGCCAUCCAGCUGCAGACGCGGUCGUUCGCCAAGGCCAAGAAGAAUAAGGGCGGCAAGGGCAAGGCCAGCGCUCCCGCUCCGGUUGCCGAUGACAGCGACGACGACGACUACGACGCGGGUGACGAGGAGGACGGAGGCGCCGCCAGGGCGCUGGAGAAGGCCAAGAAGAACAUGAACGGCGCAGUCGUCAACUUCACGCGCGCGCUGAGCCAGAUGCGGCCAGGCCGCGCCGACGCCGGCAUCUUCGACGAGCUGCACGUCCAGGCGUACGGCCAGCACGUGCCGCUCGCGCAGGUGGCGCAGGUGGCUGUGGUGGGCACGCACGCGCUCAGCGUGACGGUGUACGACCCGUCGCUCAUGCAGGACGUGAAGAAGGCCAUUGAGGCCAUGAACCCCGUCUACUCUGUGCGCGAGGACGUGAGCUCGCUCGAGAUCACCUACCCCAAGAUGUCCAAGGAGACGCGCGCUGAGCUGUUGAAGGCCACCAAGAAGCAGGCGGAGCAGGCUCGGCAGCACGUGCGUCGCGUGCGACAGGAUGCUAUGAACCACGCCAAGAAGCUCAAGGACACCAUCUCGGAAGAUGACGUUGAGCUGCAGAAGGAGCGCAUCCAGAAGGUCACCGACGAUGCCAUCGCGGAGAUCGGCAAGCUGCUGGAAGCCAAGGAGAAGGACCUCAACACCGUCUGA